AUGCCGCCAGUAAUAUCCGCUGCUAAGAAGGCUCCUUCGCUGAAGCUGCUCAUAGCGAGGUUGAACGAUGUCCAGGCUUCUUUCAACGACAUCUGGCGUUUCGUGGAAUACUACGAAGAAACUGCAACUGUUACAGAUGUUGACAUUCGGUUAGAGAAGGUAGAUGAGCUAUGGGGGAAGUUUUGUGAUACAUUGGUAGAGAUUAGGGCACAUGAAGAUUAUCUCGCGGAUGAGGAAUCGUACGAUAAGGACCGACAGGAAUUUAGUGAUAGGUAUUAUCGAGCCAAAUCAUUCCUCGUAGAUAAAUCUAAGAAGCUGCAGGGUCCAAUGGGGCUGGAACAGUCUGUUCGAAUGAACGAUUCAGUGGUUUAUGGUGUUGAUCGCGUGCGUCUCCCUCAAAUAAUUUUACCUUCAUUCAAUGGGGACAUAGAUGAGUGGCUGAGUUUCCGAGAUCUAUUCACUUCACUCAUCCACCAUAAAACGGAGUUACCAGAGGUGGAGAAGUUCCACUACCUCAAGGGUUGUCUUCAGGGGGAACCGAAAAGCCUGAUAGAUCCGCUGAAAAUUACAAGGGCCAAUUAUCAAAUUGCCUGGGAUAUGUUGUUGAAGCGUUUUGAUAACAGUAAACAGUUGAGGAAACGUCAAGUACAAUCGCUAUUUAAGCUUCCAACAUUAACCAAGGAAUCAGUCAGCGAACUUCACAUCUUGUUAGAGGGAUUCGAGAGGGUCGUGAAAAAUUUAGAUCAAGUCAUAGAACCGGAGGACUAUAAGGAUCUACUGCUUGUCCACCUACUUACAGCACGACUUGACCCGGUAACACGCAGAGGCUGGGAGGAAUUCUCUACGUCCAAGGAGCAAGAUACAUUGUCCGACUUAACGGACUUCAUUCGGCGACGUGUUCAAAUGCUUGAAUCUCUUCCCAGCAAAUCCGUUGAUGUUAAAGGACCAAACCCACUCCAACAGUUUUCGAAACCGAGAACAGCGUUUACGAAAACCAAUUAUAGCAGCAUGCAGAGUUUCGAAGGGCGUUGUGUGGCCUGUAAGGGCGAGCAUCUAUUGUACCAAUGUCAAGUGUUUCAUCGGCUAGAGGUAGCGGAAAGAGACGCACUUUUAAGGACCCAUUCGCUUUGCCGCAAUUGUUUUCGGGUAGGACAUCAGGCGAAGGAUUGUAAAUCCAAGUUUUCAUGUCGAAAAUGCCAGGGUCGACACCAUACAUUGGUAUGCUUCAAGACAGAAAGGGAAGGCUUCACGAAGGGUACGGUGGUUGCAAAGGGCAAGGAAUCUGGAUCAAAGGCAUCAACUUCAACCCAAACAGCAAAUGUGUCAACCAAAACCGUUUGCACAACGCAGCAGUUCUCUUCUCAGGUGUUACUGGCUACUGCUGUUGUCUUGAUGGUGGAUGAUAGUGGUCAGGUGUUCCCCGCUCGUGCUUUAUUGGAUUCAGGUUCCGAGAGUAAUUUUAUAUCAGAACGGCUGAGUCAGCGGAUGUGUGUCAGCCGAGAAAGAGUGGAUAUAUCGGUUCUAGGAAUAGGUGAAGCAGCUACAGAAGUCAAAUACCGAAUUCGGGCGAUGGUACGGUCGCGAGUGUCCGAAUACUCGAGGGACAUGGAUUUUUUAAUUCUGUCGAAGGUCACAGUGAAUCUUCCGACUUUAACGGUUAAUACGGAAGGGUGGUCGAUUCCAAACGGUGUUGAGCUGGCUGAUCCUGCAUUCUUCCAAUCGAAAGGAGUGGACGUAGUCUUGGGCAUCGAAGCAUUCUUCGAGUUUUUCGGAACUGGUAGAAAAAUUACGUUAGGUGAGAGACUACCAGCGUUGAAUGAAUCAGUCUUCGGCUGGGUAGUGUGUGGAGGUUUGUUAGUACCGAGUCAAUCAAUUCAAGUCAACUGCAACAUAUCUGCAUCAGGAAACUUGGAGUCAUUGGUCGCAAGAUUCUGGGAAUAUGAAGAGAUUGGAGUAUCAAACUAUUAUUCGCCGGAAGAAACUCGCUGUUCAGAACAUUUUGAACGAACGGUACAGCGUGGAAUAGAUGGCCGAUUCACGGUGACAUUGCCCAAGGAUGAGGGUGUCCUUCGUAGAUUAGGAAAAUCGAAAGAAAUCGCACUAAGACGUUUGCAGGGAACCGAACGAAGACUGUUGCGUGAUACUCUACUACGUGAUCAGUAUUUGGCGUUCAUGCAGGAGUACCUUCAGUUCGGUCACAUGAGAAGGGUUGAUAAGGUUUCUGAUGAGGUUCAACGAUGUUAUCUACCUCAUCACCCGGUAGUCAAGGAGACUAGCACUACCACAAAACUACGUGUUGUCUUUGAUGCAUCUUGUAAAACUUCGACAGGAGUAUCAUUAAAUGACGGAUUGCUGGUGGGGCCAGUGAUUCAGGAAGAUCUACGAUCAAUAAUUCUUCGGUGUCGCACGAAGCAGAUCAUGCUCGUUGCCGAUGUAGAGAAGAUGUUCAGGCAAAUAAACAUCUGUCAAAGGGAUAAACCACUGCAAUCGAUUCUCUGGCGAUCUUCUCCCGACGACGAGCCAGAGACCUACGAGCUGGGCACGGUCACGUACGGCACUAAACCUGCACCAUUUCUUGCUACUCGUACACUUAAGCAGCUUGCCAUGGAAGAAGUCAGUCGUUUUCCUCUGGCAGCCAAGGCAGUUUGUGAGGAUACCUACAUGGACGAUAUCAUUACCGGAGCGGAUGCAGCGGAUUUGGCCAUCGAGUUGAGGAUGCAGCUCGAUAAAAUGAUGAGUGCUGGUGGGUUUCACCUCCGGAAGUGGGCGUCGAGUUCUCAAUUAGUUUUAGAAGGAAUCAAAGAGGAAAAUUUAGCGAUUCGAGACUUGGAGGGUAUUAAUUUGGACCCAGAUCCGUCAGUGAAGACACUGGGCCUGACUUGGCUGCCGAAAACAGACACUUUAAAGUUUCAAUUCAAUAUUCCGUUACCGAUUACAACCACAGCACUAUCUAAGCGACAAAUCCUUUCGGUAAUAGCUACGCUGUUCGACCCUUUGGGACUCCUGGGAGUUACUAUUACAAGAGCCAAGAUCUUUAUGCAAAUGUUGUGGACGUUGAAAGAUGAAAAGGAUGAAAGGAUGAAUUGGGAUACCCCGGUACCUUCGACGGUGGGUGAGAUCUGGCGCAGUUAUCACCGACAGCUUUCACUACUAAAUGAAAUCCGGAUUGAACGCUGUGUUAUAAUACCAGAUCCAAUUCUGGUCGAGAUACAUUGCUUCUCUGAUGCGUCUGAGAAAGCAUAUGGAGCAUGUGUAUACAUCAAGAGCAUGGAUUCGAGUGGAAGUAUAAGAGUUAGGUUGCUAUCGUCCAAAUCAAGGGUUGCUCCAUAA